GUAACGGUGAAGAGGACCUCAUUUGGCAUUCAUAUCAGCAGUAUAAACACAAGAAGAGGAACACGAAGUUUUUAUUGACACGGCAGCUGCGUGUCGCGUCUUGACCGUUCAUGUUUGUAUAUGUGUAUCGAAGAGUAUAUUUUGUCUUCAGGUUUUAACAGAAUAUCGUACUUAAGAUGACUCAUGAUCCGCUACAACGUGCGUCUUCGACUCCGUGUUGUACGACAGCGCUGUCAACGAGGGAAACGGUACCCGUAGACGAGGAAGGACAGAUCAUUCUCGAGUCUAUGGCCGAAUCAACCGAGUCCAGCUGCCCUGAAGAAAAAUCCUCGCCAAGGUUUGUAAUUUGUUUUAAAUCUUAGUUAAUACUUGUGGUAUAUAACUGUUCAUACUAAAAUAUCGUUUGAAAAACUCUGUCUCUCAGUCUAAACAAUAACAUCGUCGAAGUAUACAUAUUUGUCUUGGCGGUAGAAACAACUAUUCAGCGCUGCUUGUCGUGCUUGGACUUUGACCGAAAGUCCCAUCAAUAUUUAGUAAUUUUCAGUUAAACUUAGUAUAUAUUUACUGUAACAAAAUGUCACGUAACCAUAACUGGCACAAUGUCAAAGACAUUUUAAUACUGACAUAUUAACAUUGGAUUAUAUAAAAUCUGAAGAUAUAGGCCCUCGACAUAUAGUGCCACAUCUCAAAAACAGCACCUUGCUAGCAAAUCGUUAGCUGACUGUCGCUAUAACUCCAAAACUGAGAAAACCUAAUGUGCCGGCAACGCACCUUCGUUCUGCCCCUAACGUAAUAGUAAAUUUAAAAAGAAUGUUGUUGGCAAAUGCACACAAGCGUGACCGUGGCGUAGUAUUACAAAUACGCUGUAUAUUUUGUGCUGUUUCCCAGGUUUUUGACAAAUAAACAACAACAGUUUGGCAGUACAUUGCAACAUUGUGGCAUUUAAUUGCCAAUCGAAUUCGUGCUAACGAAACUGAAGCAUUUGAAGGCGAAUAUCCUUUUUCGUUUUCAAAGCAGCUUGGCUACCCACGCUGGUCACGGGUUUUCCUUUCAUUUGGCAAAUUGCGUUCUUAAAAUCUCUCUCAUAGCUAGGGGUCUAACGGUAGGAUAUCGUCGCAGCAAAGCUAGGAAACUUAUGUGUUCCAUGUAUCAUCACCUUGUGGUAUUUAUUAGUUAGAUUUCUUCUAAAACAAGUUGGGAAAUCACCGCAUUGUGGGACUGUAAUAUGUACCACAAGAAUGGUAAGGAAAUGACUUCUGGCAAGUUUACAAAAGCAGACAUGAACCUCUAAAAUCUCUCACGGAAUUUUAGAAGAAGCCAGCGAAUUUAAAUAAUGUCGAUCUAGGGAUAUCCCUUAUAGCUUUAUCCAGAUUGACAUUUUUACAUUCAGAAUUGUGUUGUAUUAUAGUCAAAAUCGAUUCAAACGCUGCUCGAAUACUGGCUCAAGUCUGAAUCUCUGAGUCUGAAUAUUGACCAAAAACCCUUCCUAAAUUGAAACACAACAGGUGAUACAUAUUAAUGCAUAAUUAACUGUUUAGAACCAUUUGGUUGCCUGCUAAUGUUUCCGAAUAACGUGUCUUUUAACAAAUACAUUUUAACCAAUUUGUACUGAUGUAUGUUAAGCCAAACUGUAAUAUUAUUAUAUAACGAUGUUUUACAUCGUGUGUUGUGGCUUAUCUAGAAAAGAAUUAAGCUUUCGCUAAAUUGGUUUGGAUGUCAUAAUCUCGUUUUUAUUCAGAUCUUAUUGAUACAGGGAAUACAAAUAUUAUCGGUUAGAAAAGUGUAUUAUUUAUAUAAAGUCUAUAAAGUUAUCUUGUGAAUACAGUUGGUAUUAUCACAUGUAUUAUCAAAUAUCAUUCGCUGUUCGUGUAUUAAAUAUGUACUGUGUCUUUUUCAAAUUUUCUAAAUAUAUACAGAACCGUGAGUUAUAUAUUGUACUCUCCUAGUGAGAGACAAGGCGAAUUUAACCGGGUUUUUUCGUGAUAUAUUAAGGUUGCGAGGUGGCCUAUUCCUAUGGCUAUGGUUAGUGCCCGUUUGUUUACGUUGUAUCAAUUACCAAGUGGGCAAGCGGGAGGUGUGUCUCGAAACACGUGUAUAUGUAAUCUACAAUAAUUCCUUAACGACGAUAGUAUUUUAGCCCAAAACUGUGAAGAAUUUCAGUAUUGAAGCCAUGCUAUUCGAUGUGAAUUAUUUGUACUUUGUUAGUUACCAUAAAUGCGAAGCACAGAAGGCAGAACGAAAUAAUUAAGAUAAUACGUAUCUCUAUUUUGAAAACCGGUUUGAAAACCGGGAAUUAACCGGUUCCACUCCAGCGAAUGCCUUGCGUAAUGUUUACAUAAAUUUGAAUAACAUUACAGUAAUAUCAUACAUACCUGACGUGACAUGCAUACUCAUCACUGCAGUGGGGUGAUCAAAUUUUUGACCUGAACUCGCAGAUAGAAUAUGAGAAUAUUUUUCGCCUGUUCAAGGGAUAACAUUCCUCAUGAUCAUGUAUAUCUUCUAUUACUUGACCAUUCCUUAACCACACAUAUUAUCAAAUAUUUAGAACCAACAUUCAUGUCAUUGGCAUUUUUCCAUCUCGUGGCUUGUGGAAACACUAUGCACGUUUAUUUAUAAUUAGAAAUCUUUCAAUUCGAUCUUAUGUCCAGAUCUUCAUCAGUACCAAUAGUAAACAUUAAUUAAUACAUUCAUUGGUAUAUUUGUACUCAUGUUUGAAGGCUCGUUCAGUGUUCAAAUCUUUCCGAUGUUUGAUGAAAAAUUUGAAUAAAGUUAUACCUGUUUCAAAGUGAAGUUUUCACUUCAGUUCUACAAAAGGCGCGAGAAUUUCUAGGAAAGGUUGAAAGCAAGCAAGGUCGAAAUUUUAUAAGGUCCUUUUACUGUAAUUAAUAAACGAGCGACCCUCAUAACAAACUUUUUUGUGCCGUCUCUGUUUCUUUUUCGACCUGCAAGCUAAUGCUAUAUAAAUAAAUUAGGGAAACGUUGGUCUUGCAGCGAGCAGCAAUCGUUUGCAGUCAAUUUCAACUUUAUACUUUUCUACUUCGUUCCGACAGUAUGAUUCCGACCUUCGCGAAUUCGUGCGAAGUUCAAACGUUCAUAAUGAAUUCACAAGCAGGUUUUUAGACAAAGCCUCUGAUUGGUCCCUAAAUCGAAAGAAGACAAUAAAAUUCUUAGCUUGCAAACCAGUUUGUGAAUUUAUUUGAAUAAACUUUUGACCUUCUGUAAAUUAAGCAAAAAUUGAAAAUCGAAUGUACACAUUCCUUUCAACAAGUUGCUUGACGAAUGCAGCUUCAUGAAAACCGUGGAAAUUACUCCGACGUUUCGAGCAGGAAUUUGAACGAGACGACAGAACUUCGCUCGAUUGGUCAGAGUAUUUUCUAUAUUACGCCAUAUACACACUCAAGAAAUACUCCGUGACCGAUCCGUAAUUUUUGCCGUCAAACUGACCAGUAUAUUAUAGUCUAUCUAGAUCAUAUUAACUAAAUGUCUAUGCGUCAUUACUAACUACUAUAUACUCUGUAGGGACCAUUUUCAUAAUACGGACGGGGUUUAAUGCUGUGUGUAUUAAUAAGGCUUCUUGGCCUCGUUCACGUUCAAAAAUUAUAUUCCGAGUUUCUGUCACAAAAACGUACGAGGUAAGAUAGAGUAAACUUUAUUUAAACACGAUAUAAACAGCUUCAAUGUAAAUUAUUUCGGGGGUGUGUGUGUGUGUGUAAAAUUUCUAAUUACAAAACUAAGCCUAAUCAUGUAGAUUUAAAAUAUCACUAAAGCCUGGUCAAGCGAGGAUGAGAGUUGCCAGUCACAUAUUGUUACGGGGGCAUUUCAAACUCCAUAUUUAAUAAAAUAAAGGUUUAAUGAGUGUUCCAACUACGUUUUAACUUAAAUAGAACACACGAUAGUGUUGGGAAAAGAUUCAGAACAGCUAUAGCCAGGGUCGCGUAACUGCCAAACUCCAAUCACUCAUGCACUCUCGUCCUCGUUUGAUCCAGGCUUAGGCCUGGUUUUCAUGUGGUCGUCAUGGUUGUAAAAAUAGAGUCACGAUCUUUCUCAACGGCCAUAUUAUAAUAGUUUAUUCCUGUAAACCACAUACAAAUCAUAAGGGUGAAUAGGUUUUCGGAUCGUCGGAUUUCACAGAGAAAAAAUUGUUCGGAUUUCGGAUCUGGCGAAUAUUUUACACGGACUUGCGGAUCUUAUUAAUACUGCGGAUUUACCUAAUAUUUUGGCUCGGAUUGUGGAUUUAGCUUGCAAUUUAGUUAGGAUACUGGGUUGUGACUUCAUAGUAGGAUUCAAAUUUAGACAAGACCAUUGUCUGAUCGCGGAUUUUGCUUCAAAUUUGGGCGGAUCGGCAGAUUUAUAUACCCUUAUUCACGCUCCGCCCCAUAAGUAUUCUCUACUUAAAAUCACUACGUGUAUUUUCAGUUCCAAAAUGUUGUAUUUCGGCUGAUGAGAAAGAUCGUGACUCAAUCUUUACGACCGUUACGGCCAUAUUGAAACCAGGCUUUAAGUGCAUUACAACAUGAAAUUAUAUCAGGCUAGUUGAACGUUGAAAGUUGCUAAGCUCUCAGCAUUCCUAAUUUCACACCGCAAGAGUACUGAAACCAUGAGUCGACAACGCUUAUUAAAAUUUCAAUUUAUUUCAAUCCAUUUCUAUUGUGAAAGUUAUCUAUUGUGUGACUCAUUAUGCUACACGUAUUUCCGACGUUUCCUGAAAGAGAAAAGGAAAGUCCUUGUUUAUUUCAGUUUAACCGGAGCCCAACCUCUUUAAUGAGGUCAAGGGUACAGUAUAUCAAGUGCCCUUGACCAACACUGAUCUUGACAGAGGGUCAAAUUUGGGUAGUGACAACAUUGAUAGAUUACCAUAAAUUCUGUUUUAAACCUGUUUGUGUUUGUCUGUGAGCGUUAGAAAAGCGAGGUGUCCACAAUAACUUCACGAUAACUUAGAAAUAUAUAUCAAGCGCAUUAAUACAAAAAUUAAUUUGUGGGACAAAUUGAUUAAAUUUUGGUUAAAUUCGGACGAACAUUGGCCGGAGAAAUUAGCAAAUGUUUGUCUUGCUUUGCCGGGCAGAGUGAUCUGAAUGCGUAGUUAAUUUAUGCAUGAUAUGGGCAAAUGUUAUCCAGGUUAGCGAGAAAACUUUUCGACAAGUUUACAAGCGAGAUCUCGCCUUGUUAUGAAACUGAAAAAUAUGAAAAGUUACACUGCGUUCAUAUGAGACAAAAAGUUUUCCCGUGUACCGAGAUCUCGCUUGUUGGCAGGCGAGAUGUCGAUUGUCGGUGACCGGGAUGUUUUUCCCAUAUGAACAGUGAACACAACUUUCCCGCUUAGCGGGAUAACUUUCUGUCGUGUCAGCAACUUUUCAAUUCAAUUGAUGUUCAGUGCUACGUCACAGCCGGAAACUUUACCCGGUAAGCGGGACAACGGUUCUCCAUAUGAACAGAAAAAAGUAUUUGGCUAGUCGAAAGGCCCUCAAAGUGAUAUACUUCUAGUCUCACAAGUGACAGGUAAAUCCCUGCAUUACGAAUUAAAAUAUAUUUAUUAUAUGGCAAGCAUCACUUCCGGUGAAAUGGCGGACUGUGAUUGGCUGAGAAGCACUUUCAGCGGUCCAUUAUUUUCCCGUAAUGGACUGGCCGUCCAUUACCUAAAAACAAACGCAUGCAUUUUAAAACAAAACAGCAAAACUAAUUGAAAAUUUGAAAAUUAUAAUUUAAUAUUUGUUAUUAAUAAGAUAUAUCUGCGAAUGGUUUUAAGUGGAAAGGAAGGAAUAUAUUGGUAAUUUUUGUUUUCUCUGACCAAAUGUGUACCACGCUACUAAUAUGCAUUUCAAAUCAUGCAUUUCUUGUUUGUUUGAAGGAUAAAUGCCUAUAUAUGCCAUACUAGUAAUAAACUUAGUUUUUAUUAACCUCGCUUGCUCGGUCUUUACAGAGAAAUAUUGGACCUCGGUCUUUUACUACAAACCUUGCCCUACGGGCUCGGUCUGUACAAAAAAGACCUUGGUCCGAUACAGGGUCUUAGCUAGGAUUUUAGAUCUUGGGCGUGUUUCUAAAUGACCAGCUGGGUGUGCACAUGUCAAUUACCUCAAAUAGCCAAAUUCACAGUUUUAGCUAUGCUUGCCAACAACAGACAAUGCCUGUGGUUGUUCUAUGCUUUGAAACCAAAUACAAGACGAGCAUAUGCUCAUAUUGGGCACUGACAUUAAAUUAUUUCAGCAACUCUUGGGGGUAUUUAAAACCAUUUAACACCAUACAGUUCCCAUUAUCCAUCAAAACAUUAAAACAUCACAGAUCACUUUUGUCAAUUUCAACAACAACCGUAGAUUUUACAAACUUUCUUACGACGUACAGGAAAUAGGAAGAAAUUCUGUCCGUUAUUUUAUGAACCUACACGGCCUUAUAUAAAUAAUGAAACCGCGUUCAUUUUAUCUAGCCGUGUUUUUCCCCUUUUGGCCGCGAUAACACGGCCAACACGGCCCUCUGGCUAAGACCCUGGUCCGAUAUUUCUCUGUAACGGACCUUGCGUUCGGUUAAUAAGAAGUUAAUAGUCAGGGGCCGGUUGUAUAAAACUCUUAAUCACUUUUUUAAUCACUAUAUUUUGUAGUUAAUUAUAGUUAUCUUUAAUCACUUUUUUAUACAACCGGCCCCAGAAUUUAUUGAAUAUUAAUCAUUGCCCCAUGCAAAGCAACAAUUAUUAAAAUAGAGGGACAAAAAGCGAUAUCAGUGACAAAUCAAAGGCCGUUGAGGGCGACUCACGGAUGAGAUCAAAUAAAAGUAAGAGAAAGAAUUAAAGCAGUUUGCAGUUGUUUUUGCAAACGAGCACCUUGCGAAAUUAGUGUGCUCCAGCCCGAUUUCCGGUUCUGAAAGACUCGAUUCGCAGGCAAACAACGCGCGCAAAGCAAGCUGUUCAUUUCCCAUUGUUUAACUGCCCCACACUCGAGUAACCACGAAGGCUCACAGAUGUUGCUUUGGGUAGUUGUUACUGCUUGACAAAUAGAGGUAAUUUAAUACAAGAUGGUAAUUUAAUACGAGAUAAUUCUAAUUUGGUACAGAUGAAAAUAUGCAAAUUUCAAAUAGGCAUGUACUAGGAAUACGGUAGAUAUAUGUGAAGUAUAAAAAAAGAUCGUCAAGUUUAGAUUAGGGUCAGACACAGAUUAAGAUUAGUUAAGGUUAGAAGUUAGAGUCGCGGUUAGAUUAGGUCGUGUUUAUAAUUAACAAUAAUUUACUCAUAUAUAGUAAAUUCAAAGGUCGUCGAGCUCAUGCUGAAUAUUUUUAUCUUUUCUCCUGUGUGUAUUCUUUGUAUUGUGUAGUCUUUAUAUAGAAACGUGAAAUAUGAAUGAAUGAAUGAAAACUUUAUUUGAACACGCUGACCCCGUCAACCGAAGCUGAUUUCCACGAGGGGGCGUGUACAGAAGAAGUGUAGAAAUACAGCAUUUAAAAGCUAUUUAAGAUACAAUAUAACGUAUAGCAUUAAGAUAUUAAGAUAACUAAUCUAUUUGUGGGUAUAUCUAUUUACACUUAUAGCAUGUAGCUAUAAGUAGCGAUUUCUUUUCCUAAUUUCUUUUCGAACCGAAUUCCAAGGGUAUGCUCCAUCAUACAUGAAACUUUUUUCAUAUUAUUUUUACGCGGUUUUGGUAAAGAAAGACUACUGGAUCGGAGAUGUUGCGAAGAUUAUGAUCUGUCAUCUCACUUUUAUAUGUGAAAAGAUUUGCGAGUGAAGUAUUCAGAACGUCACAGUAAAUCCUACAUUAGCCUCCCACUUUAUUUCUAUAGAGAGGAGAGGACGAAAUUUUCCUUGAAGUCCUCGUUUCACCGAAGACUGUGUUUCGUCUAAAUCCGCAAGAAUUCCCUCCCUCCUUUUUGUCCUACCACUGAGGUGUUGUAAAUUGUACGUGCUUUAUUACUCAGAAGAUAUUUCUGAGUCCCCGAGUGGGGAUAAGUAAACUUACUAGACUAUUAAUUCUUAUUAAUAAUAAACCACUAAGUGUGAACAUUUGAGUAAACUAGCGCUCAACAUCUCGUCAAUGAAGAAAGAAGAAUAAACUAUCCAAUACUAGCAGAAAUACUCCAAACUUCACGGUCAUUUUCCCCCUUCCAUUUCACAUAAUAUUGAUGAUUUAGGUAGCAAAAUGGACCAAAUUUAACACAGAUUUCAGCGGAAAGAACUAGGACCCAAUAAAUCCUAAUUCCUUACGCAAACUUGCUCUUGUAGUACAUUGCGUGCCAAACACCUCAAAACAUUUGUAUUUUGCCCCUUGAAUUUUUGUUAAUCUGCACUUGAAAUGUACAUGAAAUAUGUGUCAGAACUAAUAGUUUUUAAAUUCGGUGGUAACCACGUGACAUAUGAAACCGUGAAAUACGAGAAGAAGUUUUGUUCACACAAAGUAUGCUAAACGUUCAUCAUGGUCAUUGCUGUCACGUCUACUAAUACACAACAAUAUUAUUCUUUCCUAGGUAUGCGACAUUUAUUGUGAAACAUCCGUACAUUCUUCUCGUAUUGAUCUUGGUACUGGUUAUAUUAUCUGGAAGUUUUAGUCUUAUUCCACAGCUUGGAGCGAAACCUUUACCGGACUUCAAAGAACCCGUCAAGGUAGAUUUUGCGAUAUUUCUUGGAACGGUGGUAGUGGUUUUGUAGCUCACUUGGUUAAAGUGCUGCACCGGAAUCGCAGGGACGCAGGUUUGAUUCCUCCACUAGGAGGGCUGCUCCUGGUUAAGUCCAAAUAAAUUUUAAAAAGGCAUUAAUAAUUCACGAGGAAAAUACAAAAGAAAUGAAUGUUUAAUCAAUGUUCGUAAAUCGGAUAAAGAUUUGUCCUGAUUUACUUAUACUUCAGCUUUGAUUUUCUCGGCUUAGACAAUGUUUAUUUUUAAAAUUACUUCGCCAAUGAACUCAUAAGGUGGGUCAUUUUUUAAGUACGAUUUUCGCAUCCGAUCUGUAUCUGAUAUACAAACUCGAGCCGUACAAACUCUCGCCUUCGGCUCGAGUUUGUAUAUCAGAUACAGAUCGGCUGCUCAUGUUUUAUCCAAUACUUAUAAAAUUUACCCUUGAAAUUUCCAUUUUCAAAAUCCACAAUCUUGAUAUUUACUCUCACAUUUGAUCCAUUGGUUCCGCAACUUCCGCUGAUAAUAGUAUUUUAGAGUGAUUGCGAUUGGAGAGUCAAAAAUUUGAGAUGCAAUUAUAACAAAUCAAUACUUAAUACUAGAGUACAAAACAAUAGAUACUCCGAAUAUAAAAGUUCAAUAUAAAAGGGGUUUUGAUUUCCAUUGUUAAAAUAUGGUCCAAAACUUGUACAUCUCGCCGAAGUACCUCCGUAUUUUCGAAGAACGGCAUUUGUUGUACAUGCUGGCGAAUUUUUUUGGAGAAUAAAGCGAUUUGAGUGUGAAAAAUUUCGAUUCGAAGUGCCGUGCCGUCGUAUCGACGAUCGGGAAUAGUUAGCCUUUAUCAUAUUUCAUGUAUACUAGUAACAUCGAGUACAAAGUCUCGGAAAAUAUUAGUCCAACAAAAGAGGAAUAAAAGGAGAACACACACUAUCAAAUAGGCAAGUCAAGUUCAUUUUAAAAUUUAUAUUUUACGACAUAUUUUUACUAUAAUAUACAUUAAUAUAAUAUAAUAUACAUUUAUACUAUAAGUCUAUACUGACCCUUGCGAGAUUGGGCCGCCUGUGUCCUGACCCGUGCAAAAACUUUAAAAAAAAGCUAGAGUCAGGUGCGCGAUAGCUCACAACACAAUAUUCGCGAAAACAUUCAAUAUUUUCAUUCGAGGCCGCUAUCUUUAUCAGUGAUACCACUAUAACCAUAAUGCAAAGCGCCACGAAAACGUAAUAAGGCGAAUCAUCAAUUGAUGAAAAUAACUGCGUGGUUGAGGCAUUUUGGCAAUGGCUUGUCGAAAUCAAGUAAUUAUGGCUUUCUGUACACUAUUUUUAAUCCACUUAUUAACUUUAAUCCCGGCUUAACCGUGUUUUAAGCUUGCAUCAUCUUGCUAAUUUCUGUUUGCAUUGGAGCGAUUCGAUGGUGCUCGUUCGGACGAUGCAUUAUUUUGCCGGAUUAUUUUUCGGAAUUAAUUUAGGAUUUUGAAAUAAAUAAUAAAAACCCAAUCUGUUUAAAAUAUUUUUAAUUUAACGAGUUCUUACUAGUUUUUCUGGUGUGGCAACAAGAAUAUUCAAGUUUCAACAAGAAAAGUCAAACUUUUGAAACGGACUGUAGAAUAACAUAUACAUUUGCAUAAUUAACGGCAUCUAAAAAUGAUGGUUUUCAUGUAGUCUUUGUACUAAGAGCUUCGCCGGAAAGAAUAGGCUUAACUGAUAAACCCAAAACCGUUAUACAAAUGGGGCCUGACACAAGGCUUAGUGCGGUAUACAGGGUGUAUAAAAAAACUGAACAGAUAUGGAUUUGCUCUCAAUUUCGCAAAACAGCUAUUAGUAUCCAGUUAUUGAUGUAUAUAGCUUCUAUGGGUACUUAUAAUGUAGAAGAAUAAAAAAAAAUAUUGUCGAACUCAAAUUUUGUGAACCAGGCGGGUGUGUCUUUUCCAACAAACUAAAAAUGGCUUGCGCACAAAAUCUAGAAGCUUUAAUCAUAUUUUGAGUUAAUAGAUGGAAAAUUUGUUGGGUUUUUAAUUACUGUACAAAAUUUCAGACAUCUUGCUUUAGUUUAAACCCUUUAACUAUUCACGCAAACUUACAUGUUUUCCUGAAAAUCAGCUAUUUGCAUGCUUAAUUAAUGCCUUUGCCUAAUUUGCAUAUGUCAGCAAUACGCAAAUUAGGUAAUUAAAGGCAUUAAUUAAGCAUGCGAAAGGUUGAUUUUUUAGGAAAAAAUGAAUAGCAAAAGGGCUUAAACAAAAGCAAAUUGUCUGAAAUUUUGUACAGUAAUUAAAAACCGAACAAAUGUUCGAUCUAUUAACUCAAAAUAUGAUUAAAGUUUUUAAAUUUCGUGCGCAAGCCAUUUUUAGUUUGUUGGAAAAGACACCGGUUCACAAAAUUUUUGAGUUCGGGAAAUUUUUUUCAUUAUUCUAUAUUAUAAGUACCCACAGAAGCUAUACAUAUAUCAAAAACUGGAUACUAAUAACUGUUUUGCAAAAUUGAGAGCAAUUUCAAAUCUGUUCAGUUUUUUUUCAUACACCCUGUAGUUUUAUAUUUAGCAUCGAAAUACACGACGAAGGAGAAACUCAAUUGCAUAUAAAAACAACAACAACAAUUAAUCUAGUUAUAGUUACAACUACGCUAAAUAUACUAUGAUAAUAGUGUUAUCUAAUUACCAUUAACCAAUAUAAAACAUUAAAUAUGGCUAGAAAUAGCCAAUCAGAGCUACAACCGAAAUCCCGGCGUUUGUAUGGCAAAAACUUUCAAUAACAUUUGUAUCAAUCCUUUCUUUUUUAAUCUUCGCCUGCCCGCCGCGAGAAAAAUAAAAGCGUGAUCGUGGGUUACCUCUUACAAUAAUUUUUUGUUUUAUUUUCCAGGGAUUUGAAGCACGCGGUACAAUAAUAAGUGAUCGUUGGCGAAGUCAAAUGAAUCUUUUUCAUGAUGAACACAGUGGCUUAGUCACUAGAGUUCCUGCUCAGUGUGGAAUAAAAAAUCCAAUAGGUGACCAACAGAUUGGAGACGCUCCUGCAAUAUGCGAUGAAAGACAAACAUUCAACCAGGGUAAAUUGACGGUAAAACUUGUGUUCGGUACUAAAAACGGACAGAAGAACCUACUGACGGCAGAAAAUCUAAAAUCUAUUUGUCGCUUGGAGCAGAAGUUAAUUCGUAAAUACUAUAAUUUUGAUGACCAUUGUCACAAAGCGAAUGGAACUCAGCAUUGCUGUCCAAGUUGGUCCGUUGGGUAUUACAUUGCACUAUUAAAUGGUAAUCCCUCGUGUCUGAGCAUAAAUGAAACCAAGGUAGAAAAUGCAAGGGAUUUACUGAAGAUGUGUUCCAAAUACUACCAUAACGGCACGUUGAAACCUGAAUGCUGGGAUUUUAGGAAGAAUCAAAAAGGAUUAGGACGAUGCAAUCAAGUUCCAGAUGCUUGUACAAAAUUUAAUGCCGUUUAUAAUAUACUUCAUUAUCUUGCUGACAGACAUUUCUUGUCUGAUGGGUCGGAUUCCAGCCUUUCCCUUCGAUAUAGCCUCGUUCUUGUGCCUGUUAAAGAAAGCGAACAUUUCCAAGUUGGUGUUUAUAAAUCACAUUUAAAGGAUGGCGACCUUAGCGAUGGUAAUGUUGUACUAUCCGGAUAUGAAUUGAGUAGGCUGAAGUUUGAAAUCUUCAACGAGCGCAUGUUGGCUGAUCUAUAUCUUGCUGCAAUUGCAAUGUUCAUUAUAAUGCUUAUUCUCUGGCUGUACACUCGUUCAUUCCUUGUCACAUCCCUGGUUGGACUUAUUGUGGUAUCAAGUUUGGUUACAGCUUAUUUCAUAUAUACUGUCGUGCUUGGCAUGAAGUUCUUCCCGUUUUUGAAUGUUCUCACCUCCGUGUUCUUGGUCGGUAUUGCGGCGGACGAUGCCUUUGUUUAUAUAGACAUUUGGCACCAGUCCAUGCGCGAACACAAAGCCAAACGCGGGAGGUCUCAAUUGAAUGGAGAUGAACGUGACCAGGAACUGAUUCGUGUUACAGUAGACACAAUGAAACACGCAUCCUUGUCAAUGUUUGUUACAAGUUUUACAACAUCGUCAGCGUUUUUUGCAAGUCUGACAUCAGAGAUCACGUCCAUUCGAUUGUUUGGUCUCUAUUCUGGUCUGUCUAUUCUAUGUAUGUUUUUUCUUAUGGUGACGUGGUUUCCUGCUGCGGUAAUAAUAGAACAGACAGUAUUUUCUCGCUGCGGUCGCUGUUCGGCGUUUUCUGGCAAACUACAAGAAACUGUAGUCAAGGGCACUUGCAGAAUCAGGACAGUAGUCGACAAAUUUCUGGCAUGGCAUAGAGCAUUUUUUACGGAUUUCCUGCCGCGUAUUGUCAUUAAAUUAAGAUAUUUUUUGGUGGUGUUUUUCUUUCUCCUUGCUGCUGGUGGCAUAGUUGUCUCAACUGUUAAGCCAGGACUCCAAUUACCUUCCUCCCAGGAUUUUCAAAUGUUCCACGAAUCGCAUGUACUAGAAAAAUACCCAUUGAAGUUGAAGAAGAAUUUUCACUUCGAAACAACCAAAAGGUCCAGUUUUCCGAUCAACUUAAUUUGGGGCAUCAAAGCAACUGAUACAGGCAAUCAAUUUGAUCCGUACGAUAUGGGAGGCCUAAACUGGGAUAACGACUUUGAUGUAGCUAGUAAAGAAGGUCAAAAAUGGAUCGUUACUUUUAUUCGUCUAUUGAAAAAGCAACCGUUUUUUGCUAAAGAUCAAACACUGGGCAAAAGAUGUUUCUUGGAAGAGUUCUUUACGUACAUGAACAAGAAUUGCACGAAGGACAACCGAAUCUGUUGUAAAGAUUCAACUUUUCCAUAUAAUUCCACCAUUUUUUCUCAGUGCAUGCUACGAAUGCAAUGCAAAAGAAUCAAGGAGAAUAAGUUCAGUAGUCAGAGUAUAACAGACGGUGCCCCGCUCUUUGACACCAAGGGCCUUUUGAGAGCCAUCUCUUUGAAGUUUGACAGCAAUGUGGCAUUUACAUGGUCGUAUGAUCCAGCGGACAGUUUUUGGAAAGAAACAGAGAGUUGGGCUCUUACGGAGUUUAACAAGGCGCCGUCAUCCACGAAUGGCUGGUUUAUAAGUGAGCUACAAUUCUACGAUUUGCAGAAAAGUUUAUCCAAAGGAACAUUUAUAUCAAUGAGUAUCUCCCUUGCUAUUGCUUUUGGAGUGAUGCUGCUUACAACAGGAAAUGUAUAUAUCAGUGUGUUUGCUAUUGUUACCAUUAUAUGCGCCCUAGGUGUGACUGUUGGCUCGCUAGUACUCAUGGGAUGGAAGUUGAAUAUUUUAGAGUCGAUUACGCUGUCUGUCUCUGUAGGUUUAUCUGUCGACUUUGCAUUGCAUUACGGAGUUGCAUACGUGUUGGCUGUAGACAAGACUGACAGGAAGUCCAGGGUAUCCUUUUCUAUGGCUGGUAUGAGUUCGGCUAUCACUAUGGCGGCGUUUACCACCUUUGUUACAGGUUAGUAUGUUAAUAAUAAGAAAUACAGUAUCUCCAUAAUAGCAAUAAUUAUUCAUUUCAAGCGAUCAGUUCCCAUAGGUAGCAAAAGUUAAUCAAUGUGUGACACGAUUCUGCUAGUAACAAAAUAGUUUUAGUUUAAAUUAAGGUGCACUAAUGCCCGAGCCAACGCCGUUCCGGGCGUUAGCCCGGGGUACUAAUUUCGCCCGGCUACUUACCCCAGAAGAAAGGAAAACAGCGAAGUCUAGAGAGAAGUAGAGAAGAGAAAUGGAGAGGGUGACGAAGAAAGGUUAAGAAGGGGAGAGUUACAGGCCUUAAAAUAUCGGUCAAAGAACUGUCUGACAAAGUGUUCGAUGACUUUGAGUAUGAGUCGGACAUAUUUAAGUUCAGUUUGACUUGGAAAUAAGUAUGAAUUCAGACACACAAUUUAGGAAGUCAUUUGAAUCUCCAUGGUAAAAAACCCGAGCCUCUAGCCCUGGACUAGGGUACAUUUUGAAUUACGUUGGACAAAGUUACAAUUAGGUCGGACACCAUUUCACUCAGGUCGGACAAACAAUUAAUCUCAAUUUCACUUAGGUCGGAUAGAAUGUCCGGUGGUUUCCUCCUUACGUCGGACAACUUCACGAAUUGGUCGGACGUUGUCCGUGACCAACCGAUAUUUUAAGGUCUGAGUUGCGAAGGGAGAUGAGGGGAAAUCGUGGAAACAUAAAAAGAAGGGAAGGAAGAAAGGAAGCUGGUAGGGAAGGUAGAAAAAAUAAAGGAAACAUACAAGUAAGCAAGCAAGGAAGUCAGGAAUGUACGAAGAAAGAAAGAAAGCAAACACGAAAAACCGGAAAGAAAACGAAGACAGCAAGCUAAAUAGAUCAUUAAACUUUCAUCUUAUUUUCACAACCUUUAAUUCUGCAGGUGCCAUUGCUUCACAGUCAAAUGUGCUAUCUUACAUUCAAUUGGGGCAGUUUCUGAUGAUCAUAAUGUCUGUAAGUUGGGUGUAUGCAACUUUCUUUUUCCAAGCAAUGUGCUCUAUCUUGGGACCAGAAAACAAUUCUGGUCAAAUGACGGUAUCCAAGCUUAAGGCGGUGUACAAGAGGCUCAGAGCGUGUUUGUGUUGUACGUAUGAUGACUCGGAUCAUUAUCAGAUCGUCAGGAAAGAAGAUGGCACAGAGGUAAAAAAAACAGCACGAGUUUUGUAUGUCAAGUAGAAUAACUGAGAUUGGACGAAUGAGUGACAGAGUCGUGCAUUUCGCACUUGUGUUAUUGUUUGCCUCUUACCCUGGCAAGGAAUUUGGGAUUGAUAAAUUCUUUAUUAAGCGUUUUUCCAAUAUAAAUACGAUAAAAAGAGAAUGUAUAAUAAAUGCAAAGUAAGACUGGAUAAUGUUAAGAUCUUGCCAGUCUGUAAAGUGGCUGCGUCAACAUGAAUUCGAGCCCGCAAAGCAUCACCCUGACACUCUGGUUUUCAGUUUUUAACGUAAUCCUAGGGACAUUUUGGCAACCUGGAAUUUAAAUUAAAAUUUAUUGAGAUAACAAUUAUUCAAGAUAUUUUAAGUCGAGCUUUUAUUAAUUAGAAAAACUGAGGAGAUAUUAUUUAGUGCAUUGAACCAAUUGUAUAUACAUAAUUGUAUAAAUAUGAGUUACACAGGUAUUAAUAUUUAUGUAAUUUUAUUCAACACCUUGUGAAGGGUCCGUAUUUAUUACUCAAUAUUGAAGGAUAUUAUGUUCUAUAAAAAUGAGUUAAAAAUAUGUUAAGAAUAUGAGCUGGUAUUCAGAUUCUAUGUAUUUGAUGUGGCUUUUAUAGUUUUGAAUUUUCAUAUUAUUAUAAAUAUAUAUAGUAUUUAGAUUUUGUUGUAAAUAUACAUUUACUGAAACAAUGCUUCUAUGAAAUUAGUAUAUACUGUAGUAAAAUG